AUGUGGACGACCACCAGUGGCCUGAGCGGUCGGUCGCUCCGGGUGAGCAUCACCAUCGCUGCUGUCAUGGGUUUCGCUCUCUUCGGAUACAACCAAGGCAUGAUGGCUGGACUGCUCAACGGCGACGAGUUCGUUAACUCCUUCCCUAUCCUCGAGAUGCCCGCGGAGCCCACUAAAUCGCAAGAGCACUACAUCAACGUCAUCCGUGGUGCUGUCACAUCCUGCUACGAACUUGGCUGUUUCUUCGGCGCAUUGUUCUCUAUGUUCUUCGGCGACAAACUCGGCCGUACUCGCGUGAUCUUCAUGGGUGCCAGUAUCCUAAUCAUUGGUGCCUUGCUCACAACUGUCUGCUUCACUGGACACUGGGAAGUCGGUCAAUUCGUUAUUGGUCGUGUUGUCUCCGGAAUUGGAAACGGCAUGAACACCGCCACUAUCCCCGUCUGGCAAUCCGAGUGCUCUGGCGCUCACAACCGUGGCUUCCUCGUCUGCUUCGAAGGUGCUAUGAUCGCUGGUGGCACCUUCAUCGCAUACUGGGUUGUCUUCGGUCUCUCGCACGCCGCAGACACUGUCCAGUGGCGAUUCCCUAUUGCCCUCCAGAUCUUCUUUGCUAUCAUCCUGGCUACCGGAGCCAUGCUGCUUCCGGAUUCCCCGUCAUGGUUUGUGCGACACGGACAUGAUAAGGAGGCCUGCCUGGUGCUCGCUAAGCUCAACAACACCACCCCCGAGUCCGACAAGGUCCUUGGUGACUACAACUUCUUGAAGGCUGAUGUGGAAAACUCGAGGAGCACCCAGUCAAGCUGGAAGACCGUCUUCACCUUCGGCAAGACCCAGGAAUUCCAGCGUCUUCUCAUUGGUUGCUCUGGUCAGUUCUUCCAGCAAUUCACCGGCUGUAACGCCGCUAUCUACUACUCGACCCUGCUUUUCCAGGAGAACUUGCACAUGGAGAAGUACCUUUCUCUGAUCAUGGGUGGUGUGUUCGCCACCGUCUAUGCUCUUGCAACUAUCCCCUCCUUCUUCAUGAUUGAGAGAGUUGGCCGCCGCAACCUGUACUUGAUUGGUUUCCUGGGCCAGGGUCUCAGUUUUGUCAUCACAUUCGCUUGCUUGAUCGAGGAGAAUGAGCAGAACGCUAAGGGUGCUGCCGUUGGAAUCUUCCUUUUCAUCAUCAACCCCCUCCGCACCCGUACCGUGGGCGCUGCCGCAUCGACCUGCACCAACUGGAUCUGCAACUUCGCCGUCGUCAUGUUCACGCCUCUCUUCGCUGGCCAGAGUCCGUGGGGUGUUUACCUCUUCUUCGCUCUGUUCAACUUCAUUGGCUUGAUCUUCGGCUUCUUCUUCUACGUUGAGACAGCCGGUCGUCAGCUUGAGGAGAUUGACAUCAUCUACGCCCGCGCCCACGUCGAAGGCAAGAUGGCCUUCCGUGUCGCUAACGAGAUGCCCAAGCUCAACCUCCAAGAGAUCAUCGAUCAGUCUCGUGAGCUAGGCUUGAGCACUGACACCACCACUGGUGGUGCUCAUGACAAUGAGAAGAGCGAGCUUGGCUUCAGCAGUGACAACAGUGGUCACCAGGUCGAGGAGGUUAAGGACAACUAA